GGUGUCAGUGGAGUGACUGACAGUUUAUGUAAUGAGCAGCGCGGUGCAAGUCUAUAUAUCCGGGAGGAGACACACUACGGUUCAUUCACGAGUAAUAAGACGAGUGAUGAACAUCCGUGGCGCACUGACGCACCAAGUUCAGCACCAAAACAAGCUCUGAGCCGCGCACACGUCGCGGAGUGACCAUUGUGGAGUACAGUACCAUGCAAGGAGGGGACGCCUGCUGACAGAAAGAAGCAGUGGAUAUUGGUCUUCCCUCACCUUUGGAUAACUUGGAAACUGGAAACGCUUUCUCUGGACGCUUCUGACGCACGCCAACAAGGAGCUACAGGAGAACUCCCCGGGAGUGAAGAAGGAUUUAUACGUGUUUUAGAGAUUUUUUUUUUCCUUUUGUUUACCUUGGUUUAAAUACUUUGGAAUAAGAAGGUUUUGCUGCUUUGUUGGCUGGUGACGCGGCUGCCCUGGAGAAGCGAGAAGGAUGGCAGCCUGGUUCACCUUUACCAUCGCAUUCAGCACCACGUUGAUAUCACAGGCAUUUGGAUCCGGUGUUUUUGAGCUCGAUCUUCACGAAUUUAAAAAUCACAAAGGUUUGCUGGCAAACGGAAACGCAUGCAAACCCAGCUGCAGGACUUAUUUCAGAAUUUGUUUGAAGAACUAUCAGGCUGUGGUCUCGCCAGGUGACUGCAUCUUUGGAAGUACAAUGACAGGAGUGUUGGGGACAAACUCUUUCAGCGCCACGGACAGUGGAACUUUACCUAGACCGAUUCAGAUACCCUUCAACUUCGGAUGGCCGGGGUCAUUUUCAUUAAUAAUUGAAGCAUGGCAUUCACCUUAUGGAAAUAUACCUGUAGAUGCCAACAACCCAGACUUACUGAUUAGCUUUUUUGCCAUUCAAAGGCAGCUGGGUGUAGGAACUGACUGGUCUCAGGAUAUGCAGACUGGAAAACAGACAGAGCUCAGAUAUUCUUACCGGUUCAUCUGCAACGAAAGCUACUAUGGAGAAAGUUGUUCCAAGAAAUGCACACCCAGGGACGACCGAUUUGGCCACUACACCUGCAACCACGAUGGGCAGUUAUCCUGUCUGCCUGGCUGGAAGGGGAAAUACUGCGAAGAACCUAUCUGUCUGGAGGGCUGCAGCGAGAGGAAUGGAAACUGCUCCAAACCUGGCGAGUGUGUAUGCAGAGACGGCUGGCAAGGCACAUUCUGCGACGAGUGUAAGAAGUACCCGGCCUGUAAGCACGGUACCUGCCAGCUGCCGUGGCAGUGUAGGUGUCAGGAGGGCUGGGGAGGCCUAUUAUGUGACCAAGAUCUGAACUUCUGCACCCAUCACCAUCCCUGUGUGAAUGGCGCCACCUGUAUGAACACAGGACAGGGCAGCUACACAUGUACUUGUCUGCCUGGUUUUACGGGGGUCAACUGUGAGCUGGAGAUGCAGGAGUGUGACAGCAAUCCGUGCAGGAAUGGAGGCAUAUGCACUAAUCUGGAAAGUGGCUACAUGUGCACAUGCCCCCAAGGUUUCGAGGGGUCCCACUGCGAGCACAGCCUGCUGACAUGCGCCGACUCCCCCUGUUUCCAUAGUGGCAAAUGUCGGGAGAAGGACAAUGGCCGCAGCUACAUGUGUGAGUGUCCCCACGGCUACACCGGACUCAACUGUGAAAAGAGAGUGGACAAGUGCACGUCGCUUCCCUGCGCUAAUGGUGGUCUGUGUCUGAUCCAUAGUGGCAUGCGUGUAUGUAGCUGCCGUGCAGGAUUUAUCGGCCAGCGUUGCGAAAUCAACAUCAAUGAGUGUGCCGGUAACCCCUGCCUCAACGGUGGCACCUGCCAAGACAGAAUCAACGACUACACCUGCGUCUGUCCUGCUGGCUACGGUGGACGCAACUGCGACAGAAUCCUGGAUGAGUGCUCCCUUCACACCUGCCUCAAUGGGGGUCAUUGCACCAGGGGAGGUGGGCCGGGGAGGCCCUCAGCAACCUGCAUCUGCACAUCAGGUUUCACCGGGCCUCACUGCGAGACUUUCGCCACCGCCACCUCUACCGUGACUCCUGGAGAGAUUCAAGAUGGCUUCCAGUGGGCGGCAGUUUCACUGGCCGUGGGGUUGGUGGCACUGCUGGUGCUGUUGUGCAUGGUGGGCUUGGCUUUGAGGCACAUCCAUAGGCAGGCCCAAAGAGAGAGGGCAGACACAGAGACUAUGAACAACUUGUCCAAUGUUCAGAGAGACAACCUGAUCCCAGCGUCCCAGCUGAAAAACACCAACCAGAAAAUCAGCCUGGAGGUGGACUGCGAUUCAGAGAAAUCGAACUUUAUCCACAAAAACUAUCACUUGGACUCUUACAACUCUAAAUCGAAGGAGUUCAAGGAUGAAAAGUCACAAGAGGAUAAAAGUCUUAUUUAUGACAAAUGUUUAGAAGACAAAAUGCCCUUGAGUCGAAUGUACAGUGAAAAGCCAGAGUGUAGGAUAUCAACGAUAUGUUCCUCAAGAGACUCCAUGUACCAGUCGGUAUUUGUUAUAGCAGAGGAGAGGAGGGAAUGCGUCAUAGCAACUGAGGUAUAAACUGUGAGGGGCCUGAAAGCGAGUGAAUGAGAAAAAAAAGACACAAUCAAGGCAGAAUAUCAUAUUCUGGAUUGUUUACAAAUGCUGAGAAGAGACUGGAGAUUGUGUAAGAUGUCCACUGCUGCUCUGGAACACUUGAGAACUGGAGAAGGCAGAAACUUCUGCUCGGGGAAAAAAAAGGACAGAUCUGAGAAACUUUAUUUUGAUCGACUGCUUGUAUGCGAAACAUGUACAGUGAAGGACCUCUCUCAGUUGUGACAAACGUUGAAUGGACUGGCGAACAGAAUGACUACACAAGGUGUGAAGACUAACAGAGCAUCGGUGAAAUAUUAAUUUAUGAUCUCGGCCACCCUGGACAGUAAAAGGAGGUGGAAGUGGAUCGUUGCCCCUCGUAUCUGACCCCGGCCUUGUGAGAUAAUCAUGAUGACUUCGACGGCCAACCAAUCAGUAAAAUAAGGUGCCUAAGAUUUGACCCCUUCAAACCCCCCUAUUUCUUCCCCCUACAUACACACACACGUGCACACACACACACACACUCUCUCUCUCUCACUCACUCACUCCUGCCAUCUUUGCCUGCUAUGCAAAACUCAGGGUUGAGAUGAAUGAACUCACCCGCUAUCACAAUCCAACCUCACAAACACUGAGAGUUAUGAAUGUGUGAAACUAAUCUUCAACUGUCAAUCACGUGAAAAUGACUGGUUGGACUUUUCCAAGCAACGGUGAAGAUUGUAUGCAGCCCAAAUUCACUAGAAGCCUUAAAAGAGGGGGUUUGAAUGCUAAAUUUGUGCCCUUGUCUUGGAUCAUUUGCACUACAAAAACAAAUCGGGGAAAUCAUAUUUUAGUCAACAGAGACUUGAAGAGAAAACCACAGGAGCGCAUUAGUCAUUGCCGUGCCAGCAAGAUCCAAGAGAAAGGAAAAGUUUGCAUAGAAAAGUUUUUUAUGCAACCCGACUGAGAAAAACAAAGAGACUCAAAACAAGGAGAAAAGACAUGUCACACCACUGCCUGCCUAUAAUAAAUUUCAAAAAUACAGAACCAAUAAUGUAAUUUUUUUAAAUGAUUAUUUCCAGAGUUUAAUUUAAAUAUGACACACUGCUCUUUAUAUGUUUUAUAAUAUUAUUUUGUAUAUAAUGCAUAUUUAUAAGGACCAAACUUCUGAAGAAUAAAACUUCCUGGAAAACUGUUUUUAAUUUGAUGUCAGUAAAUGGAAAAAGAAAUUAUUUUUGAGGUUGUUUUUAAAUAAUGAAACUGAGUACAAAUGAUGAUCAAAUGUGUCUUGCAUUUAUUUUUGA